GUAUCACGCAAAGAGUGCGGCCUUUACUCGCGAGCGUAACAAUCGUAUUUCGCGCUGUCGUCUCGGCGAUUAGGCGUGUGUGGUGUUGUUCUGGUGCAUUUGCUGGUAUGCUCUUCAUGCACUUGUUAGACCACCAGCCAGAACCACCACUUGUCCCUCGUUUUCUUUUCUUCCAGCCUUUGCCGGCACCAUCCUCCCCUAGCACAUGGCCGCUGCCCACAGUUUCUCAUGAGGCUCGUAUAUGUCUCCAUGUUACGCCGAUCUGAGCUGAUACCUUGCUUCUCCAGCGGUCGCCACGAGUCGCCGCUGUGGAUAAACGCAGAGCAUCCAACGCGUCGUAAACGCCCAACCACGUCGCCCUCGCACCACCACCACGGUUUCGACGAAAGCUUUGAAUGA